AUGCAACAAAAAACAACAUCAUUUAAAAAUAUAAUUGAAUCCAUGGCUUUCACACAAGAACUCAAAUUUUCUGAUUUAACGAAAUUGCUAGAAGCUGUUUCAAACACAAAAGCUGUCAAAAAACGUGAUUCUUAUAUGAAAGAGUAUUUUGACAAGAUCCUCAAGUUUAAGGCAGAUUAUGUGAAGAAAAAUCCACAAGCAGACUCGUCAUUAUUUCCUGUCAUUCGUUUGAUUUUAUCCCAAGAAGAAAAAGAACGAAGUUAUGGAUUGCAAGAAAAAUCACUGCGACAACUUUACAUUAAAGCAUUAAAUUUGCAUAAGACAAGUGCAGAUGCAAUUAAAAUCACUAAUUGUUCCGAUGAUAGACUUCCGAAUAUCGUAAAUGAUAUCAUGAAAAUGCGAACUUCCGAUGGAACAUUAUCGAUUCAUGAAGUCGACAGAACUUUAUCUUUAUUUAGUGACAAUCAAAAAUUAUCUUUCCAAGAAAAUGAACUUCGUCGACUAAUUCUGCAAUCAAAUGCAAUAGAUCAGAAAUGGCUUUGCAAAAUGAUCCUCAAAAAGAUGAAUCUUCAAUUGGGAACGACAAAAGUCUUGAAAUUCUUUCAUCCCAAAGGUCAUGAAUUAUUUCUCAAAUAUAAUCAUUUGUCAAGAGUCGUUGAGCUCAUUGAAAGUGGCAAAUCGGAAGAAGCAAUGAUUGAUGUUACAGAAGUAUUCAGACCAAUACGAUCAAUGCUUUGUCAAAGAUUUACAUCAUCAUUGAAUAAAGAUUUCCUUCGAAAAGAAAUUUAUCAGGAGACAAAAAUGGAUGGAGAAAGAUUUCAGUUGCAUAUGAAGAAUGGUGAAUAUCGCUAUUACUCAAGAAAUUCUCAUGAAUUUAGCGAAGGUUUCAAUACGUUUUUAACACCUUUGAUUAAAUUUUCUACAGUCGUUCAUUCGAUUAUUCUUGACGGCGAAAUGCUUGUUUAUGAUACACAACAAAGUCGUUACUUCACCAAAGGAGAAACACCAGUCGAUGUCAAAAAUAUAAAAGACAAAAGUUCAAAGUUUCGACCAUGUUUCUGUGCUUUUGAUAUUCUGCUUUACAAUGAUAAAAGUUACAUGAAUCGGCCUUACACUGAGAGAUGCCAACUUCUUCAACAACUGUUCGAAGAUCGUAUUGGUGUGAUGGUGAAAACAAAACCAAUUAGAAUUCGUGAUGUCGAUCAUAUGUUGGAUCUUUUCAAUGCUGCAGUUGAAGAACAAGAGGAAGGAAUUGUACUUAAAGAUGCACAAUCAAUUUAUAAGCCUGGCGAUAGACAAGGUGGUUGGUAUAAAGUGAAAGCUGAUUAUUUUGAUGGAGAUGUUGUGAAGGAAUUUGAUUGCGUUAUUAUAGGAGGAUUUUAUGAGAAUCUAAAUUCAAGAAAUUUCAUUCAUAAAUAUUUAGUUGGUGCUGUUGAGAAAAUUGACGAAGAUUGCAUGAAUGUUUUUGCUGUUGGUGAAGUGAGUCAAGGAGUGACAGCUCAAGAACGAAUAAAAAUCAACGAGAGUCUCAAACCACAUCUUGUUGAGCAUCUUGGAGAGAGCGAAGUUUCCUUUAAUCGCGGAAAAAUAUUCUUUGGAAAGAAGAAACCUCAUUGUUGGAUUCCACCAGACAAAUCAAUUGUUCUUGAAUGUAAAGCAUCUGAAUUAGUUAGAACAUCAGAACAAUACACAAGUUACACAUUUCGCUUUCCAAGAAUCACAAAUAUUCGCCGUGAUAAAUUGUGGGAAGAGUCGGAUACUUUGAAACAAUUUCAAGAAAUGUGUCAAGAAAAUGACGGGAGAGUGAAAAAAAUUGUGAUGAGAAAUGUUAAUAAAGAUGAUCUCAUUGCAGCACCACAAAAGAAGAGACGAACCCUUCGAUCAAACAGAGAAAUCAUCGAAGGCUUUUGUCGGAAUUCUGAAGACGAUGAGAUGGAAGUUAUUGAUAAUGUUUUCGAUGGAAAAGAGUUCUGUGUAAUGACAACGACUCCAAAGUUACCUUCACUUAAACAAAUGAAGAAAAUAAUUAAACAACAUGGUGGAAAUAUAACAGAAUUCCCGAGAAAAGGGAAAACAUUUGCAAUCAUUGCUGGUUCUUUAACAAGGAAUGUAAAUGCUUACAUGAAGGACAAAUGUUACAAUGUCAUUGACGCGAAGUGGUUGGUGAAUAAUUUCGGUGAAAAAGGAGAAAAGACUCUUAAAGAUAUGCCAAGCAUUCGUCCAUUGCUUGAUUUACAUUUUGCAACUGAUGAAAUGAAAGAAUCAUUGAGAAAUAUUUAUGAUGAUUACGGUGACAGUUACAAUGAAGAAAUCAAAACUGUAGAUGAGUUGAAACUUCUUUUAGAAUCAAUGAAAAGCGAGAAUAUUGAGAAUGAUUUAUCUGAGAUGAACUUCAAAGAUCUUGAUAAAGAAUUUGAAAGUUUUGGCCUGAAAAAUAAUUUCUUUCGAAAUAUGUCAGCGGGAUUCUUUGCAUCGGACAAUGACAAUGUUCUAUUUCAUUCAGCAAAAUCUAUUUUUAAAUUUAGAGGUGGAAAUAUAAGCAGUUUUGAUACAGAAAAUGAAUUGAAAAUAAUUUUCAUUGACAAAGAUGAAGGAAUUAAAAAAAUUAAAGAGAACAUUUCCAAGCAUUUGUCACAUGGAACAGUUCUUGUUGAUUAUCGGUGGAUCCUUAAUUCAAAUGAUGUUGGGAAGCUUUUAGAUAAAUAUAGAAAUAAAAUUAACGGAUGA